GUCGGUUGCCCCUCUCUAUUCCCCCCCCACGCCAUCCAGCUGUCACUCCAACCGUUCUCUAUCCAGCCCUUUGAACCGGUAGGCUUCUGGAGGCCCGGAAAGCCGGCUGAGUCCUCGCCAGCUCCAAAAGAGCGAUUGGAGGAAGGGAACCUUUGCACUGGCCCUUUCGGCCAUUUAAUUGGUGAAUUGCUGCGGCUAGUCACGCCCUUGACGCUCGGGGUUCCGUUAGCAGGCUAGGUUGGUCGCGAAAUCAUAUUUUCCAACAGAGGGGCGGGACCGUUAGGCUUUUUUGCUCCUCCUCCUCUAGCACUACCAAACCCAUUUAGCAUCGCCCCGCCUCAAGCCUCGGCUCUUGCCUUUUUAAGUCUACUUCUCCCUUCUGAUUGGGUGAAAGGUAUGUUCUUCGCCCUGCCCCUCUACCCCAGGCUUUUCCACCUCUUCCUCAGCUUCCUCCGCUUUUCACGUUUCCCUAAAAGAGGACGCCGCGUAAUGACGUCUGCUCCCUAGCACCCCGCGUCCAAAAUGGCCGCCGUCAGCAAUGAGAGACGUCGCUAACUAGGACUUCGUGAGGUGGCGGGAUUCUGACUUUCUCAGGAAACUUUUUGAAUAAGAACAAGUUUACUUCAAUAAAUGAAGGAGAAUAAAGAAAAUUCCAGCCCUUCAGUAACUUCGGCAAACCUGGACCACACAAAACCAUGCUGGUACUGGGAUAAAAAAGAUUUGGCUCAUACACCUUCACAGUUAGAAGGACUAGAUCCUGCUACUGAAGCCCGGUACCGCCGAGAGGGUGCCAGGUUCAUCUUUGAUGUAGGAACACGUUUAGGACUACAUUAUGAUACCCUGGCAACUGGAAUAAUUUAUUUUCAUCGCUUCUAUAUGUUUCAUUCCUUUAAACAAUUCCCAAGAUAUGUGACAGGAGCAUGCUGUCUCUUUUUGGCAGGGAAAGUGGAAGAAACUCCUAAAAAAUGUAAAGAUAUUAUCAAAACAGCUCGCAGCUUAUUAAAUGAUGUACAGUUUGGUCAAUUUGGAGAUGAUCCAAAGGAAGAAGUUAUGGUUCUGGAGAGAAUCUUAUUACAGACCAUAAAGUUUGAUUUGCAAGUAGAACAUCCCUACCAAUUUCUCCUCAAAUAUGCCAAACAACUCAAAGGUGAUAAAAACAAAAUUCAAAAAUUGGUUCAAAUGGCAUGGACAUUUGUAAAUGACAGCUUGUGUACUACCUUAUCACUACAAUGGGAACCUGAGAUCAUAGCAGUAGCAGUCAUGUACUUGGCAGGUCGUUUAUGCAAAUUUGAAAUACAGGAGUGGACAUCAAAACCAAUGUACAGGAGAUGGUGGGAACAGUUUGUUCAAGAUGUACCUGUUGAUGUACUAGAAGACAUUUGCCAUCAGAUCCUGGAUCUCUAUUCCCAAGGGAAACAGCAGAUGCCUCAUCAUACUCCUCAUCAGUUGCAGCAACCACCAUCUCUUCAGUCAACACCUCAAGUGCCCUCAGUACAACAGUCCCAGCAAUCUCAAAGUUCUGAACAGUCACAGCCACAACAGAAAGAAUCCCAGCAGACAGUACAGCAGCAGCAGCAGCAGCAGCAAGCACAACAAUCUAAGAAACCGUCUCCUCAGCCUAGCCCUCCUAGGCAGGUUAAACGAUCAGUGGUUGUUUCUCCAAAGGAAGACAACAAGACAGCAGAACCACCACCAUCUAAAAUCCCCAAAAUUGAGACCACACACCCACCAAUACUACCUGUACAUCCACCUCCAGAACGUAAGCCAACUCUCACAGCUGCAGUUUCAAUGGGAGAGGGCGAGCAGACCGGCACAGUGGAGGCUGGAGAUCUACCAAAAGUCCAGAUUCCUCCUCCAAGUCAUCCUGCCCCUGUACAUCAGCCACCUCCUCUUCCUCACCGCCCCCCACCACCACCACCUUCCAGCUACAUUACUGGAAUGUCAACUACAAAUUCCUACAUGUCAGGAGAGGGUUAUCAAAGUCUGCAAUCCAUGAUGAAGACAGAAGGACCAGCCUAUGGGGCUCUGCCUCCAGCAUAUGGACCACCCACUCACUUGCCAUACCAUCCUCAUGUAUAUCCUCCUAACCCUCCUCCACCUGUCCCACCACCUCCAGCAUCAUUUCCACCACCCAACAUUCCCCCACCAACCCCUGGAUAUCCUCCCCCACCAACAUACAACCCCAACUUUCCACCUCCACGAUUGCCUCCAACUCAUGCUGUUCCUCCCCACCCUCCUCCAGGGCUUGGGAUGCCACCUGCUAGUUACCCUCCUCCAGCUGUGCCCCCAGGUGGGCAACCUCCAGUGCCACCUCCCAUCCCCCCACCUGGCAUGCCUCCUGUGGGAGGAUUGGGAAGGGCAGCUUGGAUGAGAUAACAUGAUGCCUCUUCUCCCCCUCACCCCACCCCACCCUUUUUUUUUUUUUAAUCAAAAACCAAUUUUUUUUUUUAAAUCACCUUUGAAGUUUAGUUUAAAUGGCAAAAUAGUUGAACAGCAGGGUACCUUGUAUAAAUGCUACACAGCUGCAAUACAGAAAGGGAAUGAAAGGGUGAGCUUGAACUGUAGUGGGCCUUGUAUGGUAUAGCUUCUUGUAUAGCUAUUGCAAAGCCAAUUAUAAUCUGAUUUUAUACACUAGAUUAAUUUAAAGUCAGUUGUUACUGCACUGGAUUACUUUAUAUUAGUGAAAACGUUUAACCAGCCAUAUUGGCUCAAUAGUUAUCUGUAAGGAGUAAAUUUCCUUUUAAAAAUCAGUGCCUACUCUUGCUGAAAAAUAAGUUUUAAAUAAUCCAAUAUUAUCUAAAGUCAAAACUGUUUUUCUUCAGUAAUGCGCUUCAGCGAUACAUGAUGCUGUUGUCAGACUUUCUUGGUUUAACUGGUAUCAGUCCUUUCAUUUUAAAAUUGUUUUGGACAGGUUGGCCUUGCUGAAUUUGGGUCUGUUUUUUUUUUUUUUUUUUUUUUUUUUUUUUUUUGGUUUGUUUGUUUGUUGUUUAGUGGGGGGAGACAAGGGAAUGGAAACCAGACCUUGGAAAGUAAUGUAUGUUUACAUCUAUUUACAAAUUCCUGUACAUACAGAUAUAUUUUUAAAGUGAAUGUAACAUCAUACUGUGAAUUCCAUCUUGGUUACAAAUGAGACUCCCUCAGUUACCUACCCAAAUAAAAUAAGUUCUAAAAA